AGCACAGGCAGUUUAGGCAGGGCAGGAAACCACAAUUCCCAGAAUGCACUUGAAGUUAACUGUGGAAAGGGGGAAGGGAAACUGAGAUUGGAGGGAGUGAUACUGAGGCUGUGAGUGGGUCUUCGGUAUCACGUUACCAUUUGAUAUCCAUGACAACCAGUUUGACAUAGCAUGGCAUGAGUGCCCCCUAUUGGUUAGAUCCUGUCAAUGAGAAGGCCCACUCCAACUCUGCAAUACUUCAAGACUUGCCCCACAAGGGUUUGAACAUUGUUACAUCGUGAAUGUGAGGUGCCAACAUUGAGUGUCAAAGCAAUGAAGCGGCUGGGAAAGAAAGAGGCCAUACCAGACCAGCAGUGUCCAUACCCAGCCCUGCAGCCCCUCUAAUGGGGCAGGAUGCACAACAAUUGAAUUCAAUGAGAUCAACCUGUUGACUCUAGUCUGGACCAAGAGAGAGGAAGGAAGGAGAAGUUUGAAACGCAGUAGUUGUGGAAAGGGACACAACAGACAACAUGAGGGUCUUCCCAAUAGCACUUUUGACCGCCUUAGUCUGAGAAAUUAGGCUUUAAAGAACAGGGUUUACCCACUCACACAUACAUAGGCUCACACACUCAUGCCAUGGAAGAGGACAGCGGUGUCACAUCACACACGGAGGGUCUGAAUGGUGUGUCCCAUGAAUGUAAAGAGACAGAGGAGCUAACCAAUGGCCACUCUAACCACAAACCUGUGAUUAAUGGACUGACGCCAGGUCAUAGUGUCAAAGAGCACGCCAAUGGCAGUUCACUGCUCAAGUCUCUGCCAAUUUCAGCUCUGAAGCAGAAUGGCCUUCUGCAGUCUCUGGCUACAGGAGGAGAACAGCCCAAGACUGAAGAGGAGAGUGCGGAGGUGGAGCAGGCUCGAGAGGAGUGGGAGGCUCUAGAGAGUAUCCAACCAGUGGUCAGUGAGGAGUCCAGUCUUACUCCUCUCAUCUCCUUUAAUGAGGCGUUGCAGCACUUCCAGACUACAGACCUUGGCGAGGUGCUGAAGAACAUCCAGCCCACCAUCCGUAGGACGGGUCUGGCCGCUAUCACACACUUCCUGUUCGGCCCGCCGCGACUUCACAGAGAACUACUGGAGGAGAGGGACCUGGUCUUUGCCAUCGCACAGUGUUCUUUGGAUAACAGUCAGGCUGUACACAUGCGUGUUCUACAGACCAUCUAUAAGAGGCUGACAGGCAGCAAGCAGGACUGUCCUCGGUUCGGCACCCACUGGGAGAAUGUGGGCUUUCAAGGUACGGACCCAGCCACAGACCUGCGUGGUACAGGUUUCCUGGGGCUGAUGCACACCCUGUACCUGGUGAUGGACCCUGAGACUCUGCCUCUAGCCAGAGACAUCUACAAGCUGUCCCAACAUCCCACCCAGAACUUUCCGUUCUGUGUGAUGUCCAUCAACAUGACCCGUAUUGCCCUGCAUGCACUCAGAGAAGAGGCCCUCUCCAAGGAGUGUAACCGUCGACAGCAGGUAGUGGGGGUGUUGAACGAGUUCUAUGUUGCCACGUUCCUGCACCUCUACCAGCUUUGGAAGAGCCAGCAGAAGACUAUCUCUGACUCUGGCUUCGUCCUCAAAGAAGUGGAGCUGUUUGCCAAAAAGAACCCCAAGCAGAUGCUGCGUCGGCUUGACGUCUUCCUGAGGGAGAGAAGGUUGGGCGGCGCCCCCCGGGCCUCCCCAGACCCCACGGCCCAGCAACCCUCACCCUGCCUGGGGGAGAGAGGUGCCAGGUCUGAGGGAACCAGAGGCAAGGAGAUGCACUUCACUGGAGUGUGUGAGCUGACCCCAGACAUGGAGGGAGAGGCCAGGCUCAUCUGAGACAUAGGGAGAGAUUGAGAGUGAGACUGUGAGCACAGCUACACUAGUCUUAGCUGGAAAGAGAGAGUGUGUGUCUGUUUGUGUGUGUGUGAGACAGAAAGAGAAUGAGGACCCCACCAAGCGCUGACCCCACUAAUUUGUGGUACAUACCCAUUGAUGCUGUAAAGCUGCUCUCAGAUAAUUUUGUAUGGGAUCCCUUUUCUCCCAACAGAAGUACAUGAUGGUGUGGCAUUCAGAUAACACUAAAUCACAGACAUGGGACUGAUGGAUGAAUAGAAGAUGUCAUUAAAGAGGACGAGAGAGUGAAUUAAAUAUUAGCGUUUUCUCUGGGUCUAGUGCAGGGACAGGCAUUUUUACGGUACUAGGACGCACCUGAUUCUUCUUCUAAUCAUCCAAUCAUAGUCUUUAAUCAAGGCGUCGAUAAGUUGAAUCAGGUGUGUUUCAGCUUGGCUGGAGCCAAAGCCUGCAGAGUAACAAUGCCCACCCUUGGUUUAUUGAAUAGCUGCCAAGCCCCAGGGCACCGAUCUGUCUAUACGGCCCUAGUAGAGUUCUGGAAAGCCAUAGUGUGUAUGUCUGUUUUCUACUGUCAGCAGAACCAAGCCUGGGUGUGUUUGUGUGUGCGUGCUGGGUAUGAAGGUAAAGGUCUGUGUUGGCUAUAGGGAGUUGGAACAGUGAGCAAUGUGUUUGUGUGUGUAGUUGGGCUUAUGUGUGUGGUGGGUCUGUGGGCUCCGAUGGUUCUUGUCUCCAUCUCCCAGUGCAGGUUGAAUAGGCCCAGAGCCCCCCCUAUUGUAUGGGGGAUAUAUUUUUUAAUAAUUUAAAAACUAUUUUAGUCCUUUCCAAAGGGAUAGCUGUUCAUGACAAUAGAUGAGAUUAUACUGUAUAUGAAAUGAUAUUAUAUGGAUAGGGUACUUGAUGGUAUUUAUAAAAGCGAGAGGAACUUAUUAUGCUAAGAAACUCAGGAUGAGGGUUAGAAUUGUUAAGCCCAGUUCAAAUACAUAAUGAGACGAGACGCGACGCAACUGUCUUUAUUAGGUGAACUCAGCAAAAUGACAUUGCCACGUGCGGCAACGACUUCAAGACUUCGCUCUCACCAUCUGCGCAUGCGCACAGGUUCGCUUCAGGCUGUUGGCGUGUGGCUGCCACAGGACCAAAAACAACGGAGAAAUUGAGCCUCAUUGCGUCAAGUUGUUGCGGAAAUUUACCCACUGUGCUGUUUGUGCUGUUUACUUUCUGCGUGUUAGUCAUACCGCCGAGUCUACCUUUUAAGGAGUUGUAGAACUAAGUUUGUUUGAUAUGAACGGUGUCGCCUUAACGUUUCAGGUCGUCGGCUGCAGCUUCCCAAGACUCUACAAUUCAAAGCUUUUCGCUAAAGUCUUGCGACGAGCCUGAUCCAUUUAGCCAAUCAGAGAAAUACAUGCGCUAACGUUCUGUUUUCAGCCAAGCAGACAAUUAGCUAGCUGCUAGCUAUGUUGCUGCACAUAGCUAGCCUAACUUGCUGAUAAUAUUAUUUAUCUGACAAGUCAUAAAGUGUACCCUGUUUCUGGUGCAUGUAUUUCAGGACACUCGUUUGCUACAAGUGGCAAGUUCGUUUCAAAGUUUAAUCACGUCAUUAUAAAGUGGCAGUGUUACUGUGGAAAAGGUCUCAACUGCGCUUCUCGUCUUGAUCUGAUUGCCCCUUUAGUCAGUUGUACAACGUUCUAAAAUGAGCUACUUGAUAUCUCGUCUCAUGUCGGCUGUUGUAUCUGAACUGGGAUUUAGCCUUCGUCUCAAAUAUAAUGUUUAGGUAGUCCCUGUAUAAUGUUCUACUUUUGAUCAUAUGCCCUGUGUUUCUCUGGUCAAAAGUAGUGAAAUACAUAAUAAAAAUGGUUUCAUUUGAGAUUAGCAUUUAGACAGGUCAGUCAAGCCAACAGCUGACUAGCCAUGGAGUAGCAGAGUGUUUAGUCAGGCUAGUGAUUGGUUUAGUCAGACUAGUGAUUGAAGUCUGCUGGAAACUUUCUACAUGCAUUCCGUUAUAGAGCAUCCAACUGGAGUUGUUUGACUAGGGCAAUCGUCUGGGUUAUCUGACUAAAUGGAUAGUGCACACAAAUGACACAUUUAGCUAAUCUCAUGGAUAUCUAGAAUGAGCUAAAGGUUAGGGUGACCAUAGACAACAUGGUAUUGUUAUGAUGAGGAACAUUUGUGAUUUGGGAGAAUUUACUCAUUUUAAAUGAUAAGAUGAUAGCGAUGAUAACAGUGAAGGGUGUCUAAGAAGGUGUACCGUAUGCAAUCCCAAUUCUGUCAUGGAUAAUCAGUAAUAAUAGUGUUGUAUGAUGAGGGAAAUCCUUCCUUAUUUCAGGGUGUGUGUGUGUUUGUGGGGAAUGGUAUAGUAUGGCAGGGGAGCAUAGCUCUGCAGUCUCAAUCAGUAGCAUGUUCAGGUAGCACUAGUACUGUAGCAUCAGAUAGCAUCCUUGUUGUUUUAUCUUCCUUAGAAUUUGUUGCUCUUGGUCAUGUCUCAUUUACAGUCUUUGGUGCCAGUGAGUGUUCAAGCUGUUACUAUAGGACAUCCCCCCCAUCUACAAGAGACACACACAUCUCAUUAGUGGAGCUACUCAGUGGAUGAAUGUUUUUGAGGUACUUGUAGAUCUUCGGUAGCCUGUUCUUAAAUAUGAUCUUUGUCUUCUGCUCUGAAAGCAGAACAAGUAGGAGGGGGUCAUUUGAACCAUACUGUAGAAUUACAGUGAUGUCAUUCUGUGAGUAGGAUGCUGCUUGUGUUCCAGAUGGUUCUAUUGUGUCUGCUCGCCCAGAGGAUGUCAUGUUGCCCUCUAAGGGAAGCUUAUAAAAAAAAUGGAUGUAUCACUGUGUCAGGGGUUUGAGGUAACAAACCCAUUCAACUCAUUCUAAAGUAUACACAUUAUAUAAACAUCUAUAAAGGUGGACAUUAUCAGCUCCUAUACAUAGCCUACCUUGUUUUAUUGGGUUAUUUCCAAGCACAUUACUCUCCACAUCUACCCCCCUAUUUUUUUAAAGGAAUUCGUGCUCAUUAUUUUGCCAAGCGUAUGUGUUUUUUUUAUCAGCAAAAUUUGCACUCUUACAGAAUGUUGGUGUGUACAGUGUGAGUGUUGCUAGGUGGCUAAAUAUUAUGCUUUGUCUGUGUUGUGUUUUCAAAUCGGCAUAAAGGAACUCUUUGUAGCCGUAAUCUCAUCAUAGCCCUCUUUAAGCUGAAAUAAUGGACUAAAGUCUUAUUUUAAUUUAUUUAAAAAGGCAAGUCCGUUAAGAACAAAUUCUUAUUUACAAUGGCAGCCUACCGGGGAACAGUGGGUUAACUGCCUUGUUCAGGGGCAGAGUGACAGAUUUUGACCUUGUCAGCUCGGGAAUUCGAUCCAGCAACCUUUCGGUUACUGGCCCAACGCUCUAACCACUAGGCUACCUGCCGCCCCGUUAAUAAUUUAACUGAACGUGCAUUUCAGAUUGUGAAGAUACACAAAGUUAUUUUUUGUUCUAUUUUAGCAGAGGGGCUUGUUGCAGUUCAGUGUGUGAAUCAGGAAGUUUGUACAGAAGGUGAUUGUAACUAUAUGAUUGUCAGUAGGGCGUUCUAUUGAAACACAUUGCUUACCUCAAGACUUCAGACAAAUCUUCUCUUUCUCUUCUUUGAAUGUCUGUUAAGGACAAUGGCUUUUCACUUCAUAUAAUGGCAGAUUGUAUCUUUUCUCUUUCCUUAGUUAUACACACUCCCUCAUACACAGCUUGGAUGUCAAAUGUCAUGUAUAUUCUACACCUGAAACACUAGUGAACUAACACUGAAGCUGGUAGGUCUAUGUACUUUAUUUGAAAUGACACAGGCCCACUAUAGGCCCAACCACAUGCUUAGAUCCACAUAGCUUUUUGUCAGCUUGACUGCAGAUCCACUCCAAUGGAUUUUUGAACAAUCAUUACUGAUGUUGACUAUGUUAAUGAUAAGCUAAUUUACUUGUCGCUUCGACGGUAUCCACUUUCUUGUGUGUAUUAGUGAUUGUUCCCACCUUUUGACCAUGUCAGGGGAAAAAACGAGAAAUAACAAUGAUAUUAGUUUCUGAUCGUACAUAAAAAUUGUGUUGCUUCUCCAAAUUUGAUUUGCAGUCCUAAAUCAAGGUUCUGGCUUGAAAUUUGCACCAGUUAUGUCAUAUUUUGUUUUCAACUGAUAGAUCUCAGUUCAAAACCAAGAGAAAACGGGUCUUAAGCAGGAUGCAAGGUACUCUGAAAUGAGUGGUCUGAAUCUCUGCUUUGUCGACAACAAAUUAUUUCCUGAAUCCCCUGCGCUUUAUAUGAAGAUGUUCUACUGUUGCUUUUGUCGUCUUUUUUUCCCUGAAAUCAUUUUAUGACUGUACCUUAAUUGUAGAUGCCCUAUUUUAUAAUGGGAGUUAUUUCAGAAAUAUGUGCCGUUGUACAGUAAAAUGUAUGGUAUGGAGAAACCUAAAUAAAUGCAAUUGAAAACA